GACCAGAGCAUCAGAGACCAGAGCAUCAGAGACCAGAUCAUUAGAGACCAGAGCAUCAGAGACCAUCUCAGCCAAUACAAUCUUCAGCAUCUCAACCAUCUCUGAACCAUGAAGACCCUGACUGCUCUACUCCUCCUGGGACUGCUCUGCUCCCUCCAUACGACUUCUGCAGGUGUCAUCGAGUUGGAAACGGUACCUGAAUGCUGUAUGAAAUUCAGCUCGAGGAUCCCUCUUCAACAAGUGGUUUCUCUCAGAACAACCUCCAGUAGCUGCCCUCACAAAGCACUGAUUUUCACCACAAAGAAAGGGAAGACAUUUUGUGUUGACCCUUCUGAAGCCUGGGUCCAGAGUCAUGUGACCAAGAUUGAGAGCAGACAACGAUGAUGUCAUCAACCACCAUCACCCCCUAACCCUUGGUGGUGCACUAUAAAGGGAAUAGGCUGCCAUUCGUGACGCAGACCUUUACUAAUAUAGAUAUUAGUGGGUUGUAACUAGGUCUAUUCUACUGAUAUAGAUAUUAAUGGGUUGUAACUAGGUCUAUUCCACUAACACAGAUAUUGUAUUUUUCUACUAUACUUUCAAUCGUUGUGCUUCUGUUAUUUUUUAAAUAAAUGAAGUCUUCUGAAGAA